AAAGCCAAUCUUUUAGCAAGUUUUGUGAAAUCAUGAAGUGCGACGGUCAGAAUGGUGGCACCGCCAUCAAGCGCGAACGCAACGAGGACCACAUUCCGAACAUCGAUGCGGAGGGUUGCUACCUGAAGGAGCUGCCGGAACCGCCGGCGACGCACCCCAGUGUGCGCUGGUCCAGCGGGCUGAGCUCGAACGAGCGGGUGUUUUUCCACCAAACGCUGAGCUCGGCGCGAAGGGCGGCCAAUUUCGUUACCGUGGGUCCCAUUCCGCGCGACUCGCUGGACAUCAACCUGGCCUCGCAGUACAACCACUCGGAGGAGCUGUUCAAGGGCAAGAACGACGUCGUGCUGCAGGAAGAGACGCUCGGCCGUGGAACGUUUCGCCGGUUGCGCAACACGCGUGAUCUGAGCCCGGAGAAGAUUAUCCCGCUGAAGCACCCGCUCAAGAUCGGUGGCCUGCAGGAGAAGGCCUCGCCGUACACGGUCAAGCUGAUGAACACCGGGCCGCACACUCCGCUGACGAACCCGGGCUACUCGCGGCAGACCGGGGACGGAAACUUUUUCAACUACUAGAGAGGACUUGUUUCUUUCGAAUAAAUUGAGAUGCUUUCUUUUUUUUGGAAUUUAAA